GUUUUUUAGGUUAAGUUCGUUGAUGUUUAGCAGAUAAAUUUUAAAAUUAAUAAUGUCUCACAGUUUACACGGUACUUUUGUAUCUGAAAAGAUUAAUAAGAUUCGUUGGAGGCCUGACGAAUUUAAUAAUUGUCACUUUUUCGUCACAGGAAGUGUAGAUAAUGUUCAAAAUAAUAUUAAAUUGUGGGAUUUUUGUGAAAACAUUGAAGAAGAUGAUAUAUAUCCCUUCUUAGUAUUCAAUGAACCUUAUUGUGGGGACGUUACUGAAAUUGAGUUUUUGAAUGCUGAUUACUUUGUAACAUCUUCGUCUAGUGGAUCUGCACAUCUCAAGAAAAUUAUACCUUCCUACACAGAAAGUACACAAUUAAAGAAUGAAGUUAGUUGGAGUAAGAUACAUGAGUUUAAAAAUGGUGACGAAAGUCCAUGCACUUCUUUAACUACAUAUGAAAACGAUGUUGUCACAGUUGGAGAAGAUGGAACUAUUAACUUGUUGAAUGCUAAGUCUCCAAAGGUUGUAAGGAAAAUUGAUAAUGCUGAUAGCUGCUCUAUACACUGUGUAAUAUUUUUAAAACAUAAUGAAGUAUUAACCAGCAACUUGCGGGGCCAGAUGAAAAUUUGGGACUUGAGAAGCACCGAUGGCAAGCCUAAUAGUACUUUUAUGAUCAGUGGGGAACAAGUGACACCUACUUGUCUUACUUUUCAUCCCACUCAAAGACAUUUGGUGAUUACUGGUGACGAUUUAGGUUCAUUAACAACAUGGGACUUACGUCAUAACACCUAUCCAGUAAAUGUACUGAAUGCACAUGAAGGUGCAGUAUCUGAGAUAAAAUUCAAUCCCGAAUGUCCAGAUCAGCUUUUUACUUGCUCAAGCUCUGGAGAAAUUUGGCAUUGGACCACAAAAGCAGCUGCAGUUCCCUCACUUUUGUUAGAUACUGCUGAGGCUAAUGUAUGGCUGGCACCCGAUAAUGUAAAAAACAAGUUGGAUGUCUUCACUCUUAUGCCCACUCUUGGCAAGCCUAUUAAUUCGUUAGAUCUCAAUAGAAAUAAGGUCAUAUGUGGGUGUGAUAAUGAAGCUAUUUAUCUUAUUAAUGGUGUAAAUUUGUAAUUUGUUUAUUUUUGUAUGACUUUUUAUAAUAAAGCUCUUUGGUCUCAA